AUGUCAAAUUUUUUACUGGCAUGUAACGAGAUUGCAAAUGAAAUAAUAAAAUUGUAUAAACAAGAUAAAAAAAUAAAUGUCAGUAAUAUAACAUCGAUUAUGUGUAAAAAAUAUAAGCUUAAAAGUACUCCUAGAAUUGUGGAUAUUAUUUCUAGUAUUCCUUAUGAUUACAAAGAUUUAAUUUCAAAACUCAAAGCUAAACCAGUACGGACAGCUUCUGGUGUUGCGGUAGUAGCAGUAAUGUGCAAGCCACAUAGAUGUCCACAUAUAGCACUGACUGGAAACAUUUGUAUAUAUUGUCCUGGAGGGCCCGAUUCUGAGUUUGAAUAUUCUACACAAUCUUAUACAGGGUAUGAACCAACAAGUAUGAGGGCUAUUAGAAGCCGCUACGAUCCUUAUGAUCAAGCACGCGAGAGAUUAAAACAAUUGAAGAGUUUAGGACACAAUAUAGAUAAGGUUGAAUAUAUAAUUAUGGGAGGAACAUUUAUGUCGUUAUCUGAAACAUACAAAAAUGAAUUUAUAAUUAAAUUACAUGAUGCACUUAGUGGACACAAAUCUAAUACUGUUGAAGAGGCAGUAUCUGUUGGAGCCGAGUCAAAACAGAAAUGUGUAGGUAUUACAAUAGAAACGAGGCCUGAUUAUUGUGCUAAAUCUCAUUUAGAUAAAAUGUUGGCAUACGGUUGUACUAGGAUUGAAAUUGGUGUACAAAGUGUAUAUGAAGAUGUUGCCAGGGAUACAAAUAGGGGACACACAGUUGAGGCUGUUUGUCAAUCUUUUUGUAUGACUAAAGACGCUGGGUAUAAAAUUGUUAGUCAUAUGAUGCCUAAUUUGCCUAAUGUUGGAUGGAAACGUGACUUAGCACAGUUUAGAGAAUAUUUUGAUAAUCCGCGUUUUAGAAGUGACGGAUUAAAAAUUUAUCCAACUUUAGUUAUUAGAGGUACGGGGUUGUAUGAGCUAUGGAGAAAUAAUCAAUAUAAAAAUUAUUCUCCUGAUGAACUUAUCGAUUUUUUAGCUAGAAUUUUAUCUUUUGUUCCACCAUGGACAAGAAUCUAUAGAGUUCAACGUGAUAUACCUAUGACUUUGGUUAGCUCAGGUGUAGAGCAUGGAAAUAUAAGAGAGUUAGCACUUUUGCGAAUGAAGGAUUAUAAAACUAAAUGUCGUGAUGUAAGAACAAGAGAAAUUGGCAUUAAAGACAUUCAUGAGAAGCUUGAUACAAUUAAUCCUGAACUUGUUAGGCGUGAUUAUGUCGCCAAUAAAGGCAGUGAAACAUUUCUUAGUUAUGAAGAUGUCAAGCAGGAUGUUUUAAUUGGUCUUUUACGGUUAAGAAAAUGUAGCGAAGAAACUUAUAGGGCUGAGUUAAAAGGUGUUAAUGACAAAAAUAUUUAUGAUAUCAUCAAUCCUGAUUUUGAGAUUAUAUUUAAUAAAGCUAUCAACAAUAAUAAUGCUUCUAUUAUUAGAGAGUUGCAUGUUUAUGGAAGUGCUGUUAGUCUUGACCAGAAAGACAAUUCAAAAUUUCAGCACAAAGGAUACGGAAAAUUAUUAAUUGAUGAAGCGGAAAGAAUUGCCCGCGAAGAGCAUAAUUCGAACAAAAUGGCUAUUAUUUCUGGCGUUGGUACAAGAAAAUAUUACGAAAAAUUUGGAUAUCAUUUAGAAGGACCAUAUAUGGUAAAAAUGCUAUAA